CAGAUAACACAAACAAGUUGAACAUACAGCUUUGACCCAGUAACAUAUGUAUUAUGACAGUAUAUUGUGACUUGAAUUAUUAAGCAACAGCACAUCUUAUCGGAUGUUGAACAAUUGAAGGAACGUCAUCUAGUGUAUUAUCAAUUAAAUUAAACUAAUAUUGUAAUUAGGUCGUUAAUAUAAUAAAAAAGUAAUUUUAUAUAUAAAAUGGUGCAAAUAAAAAGGGUGCUGGUUAUUUACACAGGAGGAACUUUUGGAAUGUUGAAGAAUGAAAAAGGAGUACUGGUACCCCAGAAGAAUAUAGAACAAGUGAUUAGGAAGUUGCCUCAGUUGCACGACGCGGAUUAUUGGUCGGAUUACCUGUCCUCUACAGACAAGAAGGAUUACCUUGUUUUACCUGAUGGCAAGGAUACCGAAUUGAAGGUAUUAUACAAAAUAUAUGAAUAUGAGGAACUCAAAGACUCUUCGGACUUCGUUAUCGAUGAUUGGCUCAAAAUGGCUCGGGACAUAAAGAAGUACUAUCAUGACUACGAUGGAUUUGUAGUCCUCCACGGUACUGACACCACGGCGUACGGUGCUUCGUUACUCUCGUUCAUACUGGAGUCUGUUGGAAAGACAGUUGUACUCACAGGUGCUCAGAUACCAAUCUUCCAACCUCGUAGCGAUGGGAACAACAACUUCCUGUGUGCUGUAUUGAUUGCGGCCACCCAAUACAUACCUGAGGUUACGGUCUUCUUUGGUUCCAAGUUGUUUAGAGGUAACAGGGUAAAAAAAGUAUCAAAUACUCGUAUUUACGCGUUCGACUCUCCGAACUUCCCUCCUCUAUUGGAAGCCAAAACCACUUUGGAUGUGGAUCUCAAGAUGCUAAUUCACUCUCAAGGUUCGGUCCCCAAUGAGUGCAGACUACAUGACCGGCUGUCAACGAAGGUGUACUUGCUUAAAGUGGUACCAACGAUUACUCCUGAACUUAUUAGGGCGGUUUUCUCUGAAAUGGACGGUGUAGUAUUAGAAACCUAUGGCAAUGGUAACAUGCCAAUCAAACGUAAGGACGUAUACAAGGAAAUAGAGCGCGCGGUGAAGAAUGGAGUGUUGGUGGUCAACGUGACUCAAUGCAUCAACGGCACUGUAUUAGGGAAGGCUAUUUAUGAGACUGGACUGUUGCUGGUCGAGUGCGGGGUAGUUCCAGCAUUCGAUAUGACCUCAGAGGCGGCUUUCGCGAAGCUUUCAUAUGUAUUGACUAAAACAGAGCUUAGCUAUCAACAAAAGGUUGAGUUAAUGAAGACAAAUAUACGAGGAGAAUUGUACAACCCGUUGCAUUAACUAUGAGCUUUUUUAAUAAUUAACAAUUAUUAAAAAAGCUUGUGAUUAUAAUUUAAUUAAUAAAUAAAUAGACAUCAAUAGAAAAUAUUUUUUUUUAUUUCAAUACA